ACCCGGCAAGCCAUGGCGGAGUCUUUAGUUGAUCCCAACUUCGACCGAUGGACUCAAAACUUCACUUUGAUCGGUCCUGAUGGCGAGCAAUUCAUCACCAACAUGGGAGAGAUUAACUUCAUGCGGGAGUGGGGAAUUCGUGUCGCUAUCAACUGGGCCUCCCAGAUUGGAGCCUCCAUCAUUCUUCUUCUCGUUCUGCUUCUUCUUACCAAGCGCGAGAAACGCAAGUCGUUGAUCUUCGUCAUCAACGCCCUCUGUCUGAUUGCGAACACGAUUCGAUCUAUCCUUCAGUGCAUCUGGCUUACAACGGAGUUCUACAACCCAUAUACCGUUGUCUCGAACGACUACUCGCGCGUAACCAGUACCAACUAUGGAACCACGGUCGCAUCUAACACAGUCCUCCUGAUCUUGGUCAUCCUCAUCAUGAUAUCUCUCAGUCUUCAAGUUUGGGUUGUCUGCGUCACACUGAAGCCAAUGCACAAAUGGGUCAUCAUGGGCGGCACUACUGCCGUUGCCCUUGUUGCCAUCGGAUUCCGUUUCGCCGUCUCCGUCAUCGGCAACAUCCAGACCUUACAACAGGAAACCAUGAUUGAGUACAUCGACCUCACUAUGCACAUGCAUAUCACACAAGCAGUUGCUGUUUGGGUCUAUUCGUGCGUCUUUACAUUCAAGCUCGGCCAGGCUAUCCUACAGCGCAAGCGCAUGAACAUGACUCAGUUUGGUCCCAUGCAAAUCAUCUUCAUCAUGGGUUGCCAGACAAUGAUUGUACCAGCAAUUUUCACUUCUCUUCAAUUCUACGACGACGUCCCCGAGCUAGCAUCUCAAAGCUACACCAUCAUCUGCAUUUUCCUGCCUCUUUCCGCCAUCUGGGCUGGUUUGGUCACGCGCGACAACUCGAUUGGGUACGACGGUGCUGACGGACAUCAACGCCUUCUUCGCGAUCAGUUCGUUCGCACCCCUACGUCAUCAGCUAAUGGCAGCAAGAUCGUCGAGAAAGGAAUGGCAAAGUCUACCUACAGCACCUACGGUGGCAGUUCUAAGGACCCGGAGAGUCCCGUCGCGAUGAGAAAUGGCUCAACUGCAGGAAAUGCGAUAUUUGUUGAUAGGGAUUGGAGUGUUGAUGAGGUCGAAGCUUCGGGCAAGAGGACAGCAGUCUAG